AUAAUAUUUCAAUGCGAGAGAGCGGUUUAUACUGGAGAUAUCAUUUAUUUAAUUAAUCUAUAAAUAAUUAAUUAUGAAAAGGAUUAUAUGAGAGAAACGUCAGGUUGCAGUGCAAACAACUGUUGACAUUGAAAGUUUACUAUUACUAUCAUAACCUAAGUGAUAAUUAGCUGUGUAAACACUGCAAGUAGAAUAUUUCCAAGAAAAUGAGAUUAACAUUACGUUUACUUUCUUCAGUUGUACAGAAAACACCUUUUUAUGUAACGACGCCGAUAUUUUAUGUGAAUGCAGCACCUCACAUUGGUCACCUGUACACUGCAGUAGUAGCGGAUGCAAUACAAAGAUUUGAGAAGCUCACCAACCCCGAUUACCAAAUUGUAUUUAGCACAGGAACAGACGAACAUGGCACCAAAAUACAGCAAGCCGCUGCUAAAGCCAAGUUAUCGUUACCGGAGUACUGCACGAACAUAUCUGAAGAAUAUAAGCAGCUGUUCAAGGAGUUCAAUGUAGACUACACAGACUUUAUACGUACCACGGAGGAUAGGCAUAAGACUGCGGUUAGGCAUUUUUGGAACAAAUUAGUGGAAGAGGACCACAUAUACAAGGCUAAAUACAGCGGCUGGUACAGCGUCAACGACGAGGCGUUUGUGCCAGAAACACAUGUUAAAGAUGAACUCAGGGACGGGGAGAAUGUGAAAGUAUCAAUAGAGUCAGGUCACAAGGUGGAGUGGACGGAGGAGACUAACUACAUGUUCAGGCUCAGUGCAUUCAAAGUGCAUCUACGGAAUUGGCUCAAAAAUGAUGGCGUGAUAACACCGUCGAAGUUUCAGACACAGUUACAAGAGAUGGUAGAGGGCGAUGCUUACUUACCUGAUAUAUCAGUCAGUCGGCCGUCCAGCAGAGUGCACUGGGCUAUAAGGGUGCCAAACGAUGAAGAACAAAGCAUCUACGUAUGGCUAGACGCACUGAUCAACUACCUGUCAGUGCUGGGCUACCCGCAGUGCGAGGCGAUGACGUCACGCGGACACGUGUGGCCGCCCGACGUGCACGUGCUCGGCAAGGAUAUACUCAAAUUUCACGGCAUAUACUGGCCAGCGUUCCUAAUGGCUGUCAAAUGGCAUCCACCACGGCGCUUAGUCUGUCACUCGCACUGGACGGUGGACGGCAGCAAGAUGUCCAAGUCUCUGGGUAACGUGGUGGACCCGAGGAGCAGCCGCGUGGGCAACGAGGCGCUGAGGUAUCUGCUACUGAGGGAAGCCACUAUGGCCAGUGACGCUAACUACAGCGAAACGAAGCUAAUAAACAUAGCGAACGCGGAACUGGCGGACACUCUCGGCAACCUCGCGUCCCGGUGCUGCGGCGCCGCCCUCAACCCGCGGCACGAGUUCCCCGCGCUACAUGCUAGUGUACUCACUAGUGUGGCCACUACACAGCAUGCGAGUGAUCUUAUGCGGGCUGUGGAGGAACUGCCAGAAAUCUGCCACGGCCACUACAGAAACUACCAUUUCUACAAAGCAGUGGACGCCGUCAUAAGGACAUUACACAUCGCUAACCUUUUCUUCGAAACCAGCAAACCUUGGGAACUGCGGAAAAAACCAGAAACGCAAAAAGAAUUAGACGUUAUCUUACACUUAACUAUGGAAACGUUAAGAAUAUGCGGAAUUAUAUUACAGCCAAUUAUACCACAGAUGACGAAAACGUUGCUCGAUAAACUACAAAUUGGUAGAGAUUGUAGGAACUGGCAACACUGUGAGACGCCAUCAUGGCGGCUAAAAGGCGCCAUUUAUGAAACUAAGAACAUUCAAAGCGGAAAAUUCGUACUAUUUCAAAGGAUUUAUGAUAAAAAGGUAUCACAGACUGAGUUAAGGAAGAAUGCUUCGGAAGAGAAAAGGAGAAAAGCUCAAAAGAAAAAGGUUACUGCGUAGUUUUGUACAGAAUUUAGUUAGAAAUGCGGGUUUUAGAAUUGAAAUUAGAAUUUGAAAUCAUAGAUCUAUCUUUUCUUUAGUAUGUUAUUUAAAUGAGCAUUUUUAUUUAUCUUCGCCAUUAAUGUGUUCGUCUUUUAGUGUUGAGUUACUAAUGUUCUUGUUGGCUUUAGUUAGUAAGACCUAUCUCUUCUCUUUGCAUUUUAUGAAAUUAAAUUAUAAAACAAG